AGUCAGUCAAUCAGAGGGCAAAGACUGACUGAAGAGGAAGGUCAACUCACUAGCUUUGGACCAGCGCAGUCAGCAAACCCUGCGACAAGAUAAGAAGAAAGAAAGAUCAAGAAAAGAAGGAUCAUCAACGCAUUUGUAGAAUUUCACACCAGACUGAGUGCAGAAAAGGUGAACAGCUUAGGACAGACACCGAUCACAGACAGCACUCUGGUCAGCAGCAUCCUAAUACUUACAGAUAUGACUGCCUGCGUCUUCAUUCGAGGAGCGAAAAUUGAAAGAGAAUUGGCAGAUGAUGAAAUUGAAGAGCUGAGAGAGGCAUUUAAUGAGUUUGAUAAGGAUAAAGAUGGACUGAUUAGCUGUAAGGAUCUGGGAAACCUCAUGAGAACGAUGGGUUAUAUGCCAACCGAGAUGGAACUGAUCGAGUUGGGCCAGAACAUCAACAUGAAUUUGGGAGGAAGGGUAGACUUUGAAGACUUUGUGGAGUUGAUGGCCCCAAAGCUUUUGGCAGAAACAGCAGGAAUGAUUGGUGUGAAGGAACUGCGAGAUGCUUUCAAAGAGUUUGAUAUGGAUGGGGAUGGAUCGAUCACUACAGAGGAGUUGAGAUGUGCUAUGAAUAAACUACUGGGAGAGCAUAUGAACCAUAGAGAGAUUGAUGCCGUGGUCAAAGAGGCAGACAACAAUGGUGAUGGUACAGUAGACUUUGAAGAAUUCGUGAAGAUGUUGUCGAGUUGCUGAGAAAAUCUUACAUGGUUAUGUUAUUGCAGAUGCAUAACCCCAUGCUUGCACAUAAGAAAGCAAAUGCACUAUAAACAAACACAUAAAUGGGCCUCAAAACAAGUUUUCGGAGGAUCAUAUUUGUCUAAUCCUGUCAAUCACACAUUGCAAGGUAUAUAAAUAGCUGCUUACAUCACUCCUGUGACAAUUCUUCCGGCAUCCUUCCGCCACCCCAACUACACCUUUAUUUCUAUUAAUUUCUAUUAUACUGUAUACAGUACUGUGCAAAAGGUUUAGGCACUUGUGAAAAAUGUUGCAUAGUGAGGAUUUCUUCAAAAAUAAUGCCAUAAAUAGUUUUCAUUUAUCAAUUAAUGUCACACAAAGUCCAGUAAACAUAAAAAAGCUAAAUCAAUAUUUGGUGUGACCACCUUUGCCUUUAAAACAGCCCCAAUCCUCCUAGGUACACCUGGACACAGUUUUUCUUGGUUGUUGGCAGAUAGGAUGUUCCAAGUUUCUUGGAGAAUUCACCACAGUUCUUCUAACUAUUUAGGCUGUCUCAACUGCUUCUGUCUCUUCAUGUAAUCCCAGACUGACACAAUGAUGUUCAGUGGGGGGCUUUAUGGGGGCCAUUACAUCUAUUGCAGGGCUCCCUGUUCUUCAAUUCUAAUCUUUUCUAUUUACAAAAGUAAUGUUUUGGAGUCUAAAAUGUAUUUUUCCUAUUGACACACUAAAGCUGAAGAUAUAACCAUCUUAAGACAAAUGUUUUUGUGUUUUUGCAUCUUAAGUGCCUAAAACUUUUGCACAGUACUGUAUAUAUAUAAUGAAAUAGUCCAGGGGGUAAUUUGCAGCUCGAGUCGAGUCUUCCAUUCUUAACAGCAAGUUAUAUAAGUUUACCUUCAUCUCAUUUAAGUAUUAUAUAAACAUGUGAACUUGUGAAAUAUAAUAAAAAAUGUACAGAAAUAUAUAUAUAUAUAUAUAUUUUUUUUUUUCACAAACUAUGCAAAAAUCUCAGGCUUUUAAUGCAAUACUGAGAGGACUGGAUGUUGUGCAAUAUUUCUUUGAAAUUUGAAUUUCUUAUUAAAAAAUUCCAUUGAGGUCCAAGAUCAUAA